GCUCUCUCCUAUCUCCUUCAUCCCAUACAUAAUCGCUUCUCUCUCUAAAACUAACAUCUUUAUUUUCCUUUUCUCUUUCUCGCCAUCCAAACACACACUAAACCAACCAAAAUAACGGUUUUUUUGGUUUAGAGUUUGUGUUUUGGGUUAAUUAAUGGCGUCGUCGACGACGAUUCUUAAUGUGCCCACUAAUGUGGGAGCAAUCAAGGGUUUGGAUUGCCAAAGCUACGUCGGUCUUCGACCUUUGGUUAGUGUGAGAAGCUUUAAUUCUGUAGCGAUUAAAGCGAAGACCAAUCGUCGAUUUGUGGUGCGAGCUAGCGAAACGCAUAGCGGACCGUUCAAGAAGUUGGGUUUGAGUGAUGCUGAAUGCGAAGCUGCUGUUGUGGCCGGGAAUGCUCCUGUUGCGCCGCCUGUGCCUCCGAAGCCGGCGGCACCAGCUGGAACUCCUGUGGUUUCUACGCUUCCAAUAAAUAGGCGUCCUCGUCGGAACAGGAAAUCGCCUGCAUUUAGAGCAGCAUUUCAGGAAACUACAUUAUCCCCUGCGAAUUUUGUCUACCCACUAUUUAUUCAUGAAGGUGAGGAGGAUACACCUAUUGGAGCUAUGCCUGGAUGUUAUAGGCUUGGUUGGAGACAUGGACUUGUGGAAGAGGUUUCGAAGGCCCGGGAUGUUGGUGUUAAUAGUAUUGUGCUUUUCCCCAAAGUUCCAGAUGGUUUAAAGACUCCAACAGGAGAUGAAGCUUACAAUGAGAAUGGUUUAGUGCCGCGGUCAAUCCGGUUGCUCAAGGACAAGUUCCCUGAUCUUGUAAUCUACACUGAUGUUGCUUUAGAUCCCUACUCAUCCGAUGGGCAUGAUGGUAUCGUUAGGGAAGAUGGAGUAAUAUUGAAUGAUGAGACUGUACAUCAAUUGUGCAAACAAGCUGUAGCCCAGGCUCGAGCUGGAGCAGAUGUUGUCAGUCCUAGUGACAUGAUGGACGGUCGUGUUGGAGCAAUUCGAUCUGCUCUCGAUGCUGAAGGCUUUCAUCACGUUUCUAUCAUGUCCUACACAGCAAAGUAUGCAAGUUCAUUUUAUGGUCCAUUUCGGGAAGCACUAGACUCAAAUCCACGAUUUGGUGACAAAAAGACUUAUCAGAUGAACCCAGCAAAUUAUAGAGAAGCUUUAGUUGAGACCCGUGAAGAUGAGGCUGAAGGAGCUGAUAUUCUGUUGGUGAAACCCGGUCUGCCUUAUUUAGAUAUUAUAAGACUACUCAGAGAUAACUCUUCUUUACCUAUUGCUGCAUAUCAGGUAUCCGGUGAAUAUGCAAUGAUCAAGGCCGGAGGAGUACUGAAAAUGAUCGACGAAGAGAAGGUUAUGCUAGAAUCACUGAUGUGCCUCCGACGGGCUGGCGCUGACAUCAUUCUUACUUAUUUUGCCUUACAAGCUGCCAAAUCUUUAUGUGGAGAAAAGUGAGAA